UUUCGUUUUAGGCGUCGACGCAGGCGCGUUUGUCGAGCGCCGAGCAGUCGAUGGAGAUGGUGGCCGCGACCGCUUGAGGGGUCGUGGAGGCCCCGAGCUCGGGUCGGAGAACUGGACAGGCCUUCGCGGCUGUGGGACCGGGAAAGGACUCCUACUCCAGAGAGGAUACCUCAUCCAGGGCCGUGAUGCCACUUCCCCAUCACCUGUGUGCUGCUUGGUUAAGCUAAUGCUGCGGAUCCCUUGUCUCUUGUGGAGGAAUCAAGCUGGCUCUUGGCAUGAGGACCCUGCCUUGCGGGGGUCAAGAGUGACACUGCCAUGGCUUCUCUGGAUGACCCAGGGGAAGUGAGGGAGGGCUUCCUCUGCCCUUUGUGCCUGAAGGACCUGCAGUCUUUCUAUCAGCUGCAGUCACAUUAUGAGGAAGAGCACUCCGGGGAAGACCGCGAUGUCAAAGGGCAAAUUAAAAGUCUUGUCCAGAAGGCUAGGAAAGCAAAGAACAGGCUGUUGAAACGAGAAGGAGAUGACCGAGCUGAAUCAGGGACCCAAGGAUAUGAGUCUUUCAGCUAUGGAGGGGUUGAUCCUUACAUGUGGGAACCCCAGGAGCUUGGUGCUGUGAGAAGCCAUCUUUCCGACUUCAAAAAACACCGAGCUGCCAGAAUUGACCACUAUGUCAUUGAAGUCAAUAAAUUAAUAAUCAGGUUAGAGAAGCUCACUGCAUUUGACAGAACAAAUACUGAGUCUGCGAAGAUCCGAGCAAUAGAAAAGUCCGUGGUGCCUUGGGUCAACGACCAGGAUGUCCCCUUCUGUCCAGACUGUGGGAAUAAGUUCAGCAUCCGCAACCGCCGCCACCACUGCCGCCUCUGUGGGUCUAUUAUGUGCAAGAAGUGUAUGGAGCUCAUCAGCCUUCCCUUGGCAAACAAGCUCACCAGUGCCAGCAAGGACUCCCUGAGCACUCAUACCAGCCCCAGCCAGUCACCCAACAGUGUCCACGGCUCCCGCCGGGCCAGUAUCAGCAGCGUGAGCAGCGCGAGCUCUGUCCUGGACGAGAAGGAUGACGACCGGAUCCGCUGCUGUACACACUGCAAGGACACACUACUCAAGAGAGAGCAGCAGAUCGACGAGAAGGAGCACACCCCUGACAUCGUGAAGCUCUACGAGAAAUUACAACUUUGCAUGGAGAAAGUUGACCAAAAAGCUCCUGAAUACAUCAGGAUGGCAGCAUCAUUAAAUGCUGGAGAGACAACCUACAGUCUGGAACAUGCCAAUGACCUUAGAGUGGAAGUGCAGAAAGUGUAUGAGCUAAUAGACGCUUUAAGUAAGAAGAUCUUAACCUUAGACUUGAAGCAGGACCCUCCGCCACAUCCAAACACUUUACGGCUGCAGAGGAUGAUCAGAUAUUCAGCUACGCUUUUUGUGCAGGAAAAGUUGCUUGGUUUGAUGUCACUGCCAACCAAAGAACAGUUUGAGGAACUGAAAAAGAAAAGGAAGCAGGAAGUGGAGAGGAAGAAGAUCCUGGAGAGACGGGCUGCCCUGGAAUCCCAGCGAAGGCUUGAGGAAAGGCGCAGUGACCUGGUGUCUCAUGCGACCAACGGGGAGGUGGUGUCCCUUCGCGGGGGCCCUGCCCCGUUGAGAAAGGCUGAGGGCUGGCUCCCGCUCUCAGGAGGUCAGGGGCAGAUCGAAGACUCGGACCCACUCCUCCAACAGAUCCACAACAUCACAUCCUUUAUCAGGCAGGCUAAGGCCGCGGGCCGGAUGGAUGAAGUGCGUACGCUGCAGGAGAACCUGCGCCAACUGCAGGACGAGUAUGACCAGCAGCAGACAGAGAAGGCCAUUGAGCUGUCCCGGAGGCAGGCCGAGGAGGAGGACCUGCAGCGGGAACAGCUGCAGAUGCUGAGGGAACGGGAGCAGGAACGAGAACGGGAGCAGUUCCAGGCGGCAUCUCUGCACAUGCGGACUCGGUCCCUGGACUUCCGAGAAAUCAGGCCUUUUCAGCUGGAGCCAGGCAGAGAGCCUCGCGACCACCUUGCUCAUGCCUUGGAUCUGGGCUGUUCCCCAGCUCAGAGCAGUGCAGCACCCAAGACCCCUUCACCCAGCUCGGCUCUCGAGCCCAUCAGAGUGUGGUCUGGGCCCCCAGCCCUUGACCAGGAAUUCCUCCCCCAGAGCACCACGUCGCAGCACAAUGAGGUGCCCUCCCUAAAUCCCUUUGAUGAGGAAGACCUCUCCAGCCCUGCAGCAGAGGGCACGGCCAGCCCUCCUGCUGCAGAGCCUUCCCUCGGCCCUCCAGCCUGUGUCCUCAAGGAGUACAAUCCUUUUGAGGAAGAGGAGGAAGAGGAGGCAGUGGCAGGGAAUCCCUUCACUAGUCCAGACAGCCCAGCCCCCAGUCCCUUUGACGAGGAAGAUGGGCAUCCCCAUCAGAGACCCUCAGGCCCUCCUGUUCCUGGCAACCCCUUCGAGGAGGCGCCCUGUACUAACCCCUUCAAGGUGGACAGUGAGAGCGGGCAGGAGGGCGAGGAGCCCAUAGAGGAGGAGCUCCUUCUCCAGCAGAUCGACAACAUCAAGGCGUACAUCUUCGAUGCCAAGCAGUGCGGCCGCCUGGACGAGGUGGAGGUGCUGACGGAGAACCUGAGGGAGCUGAAGCACACCCUGGCCAAACAGAAGGGGGACGCCGACUGACCGUGGUGGGCAGGGUGCCUCUGGGGCCUGGCAGGAGCCAGGGGAGCAGGAGCCAGGGGAGCAGGAGCCAGGGGAGCAGGAGGGAGGGCUGGUGGGGUUGAUGGA